CACGUGACUCCUCGCCCGUUCUGGUCUUAAAACAUACACCAGCGAUUCCGCUCGUAAAUCCACCGUCCUGUUUCUGUUUGACCCACGGCAGCUGCACGUCAGAGAAAAUGUCCAUUUACAGGAACGCGGUUUGGUUCGUGAAGGGACUCCAGGAGUACACAAAAAGUGGCUAUGAAGCUGCAGCGAAGCGUUUUGCUCCUGCUGACCUAGAUGUAAACUUGAGUGGAAGGUCCUUCAUCAUUACGGGAGCCAACAGUGGGAUAGGGAAAUCUGCAGCCCAGGAGAUCGCCAUGAGAGGGGGAACUGUUCACAUGGUUUGUCGAAACCAGGGACGAGCAGAAGCCGCUCGAGUUGAGAUUGUGACGUGGAGUAAAAAUGAGAACGUUCACGUCCACAUCGUCGACAUGUCGAGUGCGAGACAAGUGUGGGAGUUUGCGCAGAGCUUCUCUCAGAACAACGUGGUGCACGUGCUGAUCAACAAUGCAGGCUGCAUGGUCAACCAGAGAGAGCUCACGGAGGAGGGCUUGGAGAAGAACUUCGCCACAAAUACGCUCGGUACGUACAUCCUAACGACGGCUCUGAUUCCUGCUCUGAAGAAGGCUGAAGACCCGAGAGUGAUCACCGUGUCGUCGGGCGGCAUGCUCACUCAGAAGCUCAACGUGGACGACCUGCAGUUUGAGAAGGGGACGUUUGACGGCACCACGGCGUACGCUCAGAAUAAAAGACAACAGGUGGUCCUCACAGAGAGAUGGGCCUCUCAGCACAAAGAGAUCCACUUCUCCUCCAUGCACCCCGGCUGGGCCGACACUCCAGCGGUGCAGUCGUCCAUGCCUUCGUUCCACGCUAAGAUGCAGUCCAGGCUGAGGACGGAGGCCAUGGGGGCCGACACCGUGGUGUGGCUCGCUGCGUCCGCCGCUGCCAUUAAACAUCCGAGCGGACUCUUCUUCCAGGAUCGCACACCGGUUGCGACCCACCUGCCCCUCGCCUUGUCCCGCUCCACGCCACAGGAGGAGGAGAAGCUGCUGGCGGCGCUGGAGGAGUUCGCCCUCAAGUUCAAACCUUAACAUCUGCAACACUUUGUGCUUUUUAAAGCCCAGCACUCCUGGGUAUGUCUACAUGCUCCAGCUUUUUGUUUCAUGAACUGAUGCC